GUUUUGUAGUUAAUCAUUACAAUUUAAGUGAGACAUUGCCAUAUAUUUUAUAAUAAAAAUAGUCCAGAAAAUUUUUUUUUCACAAUCAUGAGUAAAAAAUUAAGUCUUUGUCUUUUUAUAUUUUGCGCUAUUUUGUGGAUAGAAAACGUAUCUACUUUUCCAUAUCUUUUCCCACCUAAUAUUAUUUAUAAAGAAAAACUAAAGUAUAUGUUUAAUAAAUCCGUUAAUGAUUGUGAAACGCAAACAUCAAUGGAUAAUGAUGAAAUAGAAAAUUUUAAAAUUAUGAUUUUUGGUUAUAAUACCUAUGAAGAGUGCAUGCACCAGGCUGGAGCAUCCUCUCCCUCAUAAGUAUAAUAAUUUUAGUGGGAAAAUGAUUUAAAUCUUAUAUAAAACAGAAACAAAAAAAAAGUGUAAUAUUCCUACAAAAUAUUAUAUUUAUUUAAAAUUUCUUUUUUUAAAUAAAUAUUGAUUUAUUAUAUUUUCACGCUAUCUAAAUGAAACUGUAGCGUACAAUUCUGUAAGCUUAAAAUCAAAAGAAAUCAAUAUUAUAAAUCUCCGUUGAUAAAAAAAAAUAGUACACAUGUUUAUUUCUCUGAUAAAGCAGAAAUUUUCUAAAACAAAAACAAAAUCUUUUAUCGAUUGAGAAUAAUAAUUUCAUCAAAUGGUACCUACGAGUUUGUUUAAAAUAAUUCCUACCUUAUCAAAAAUUAUAUUCAAUUUUUUUAUCAACUGAGACUUGUACAAUUAUUGAUUAAAUUAAUAUUAUUUAGUAAGAAAUUGUUCCAGAGAAAGAAAUUUUCAUUUCUAUGUAAUUACACGAGACUUUAAUAACUAUAGUAAUUUUUUAGUUAUUUUUUUUUUAACUUUAACCUUUUUGUCACUCCAGUAAUUUUUUAGUGACUUUUUUAAACUUUAGUAAAAAAUGUCAGUAAUAUUUAUGUUGUCACUCUAUUAACUUUUUGGUAUUAUGUAGGAAAUUAAUGUAAACUUUUUUCGAAACAUAAAAAUUAUUUAAUAAAACUAGAAAAUAAUUUAAAAUAUGAAAUAACUUAAUAAAGAUGAAUGAUUUUUUAAUGGGGCACAAUAAUUUUAUGUUUCUCAGACAAUAAAGAGAAAAAAACGAUUCUUAAAAGUGACUUAAAAAGGUGCAUCCCUUUAUUGGGAUGAGUCGAAAUUUAGCCUGCUAUCAUCAUAAUCACUGCAAUCACGUUAUUCUAUUUAUAUAUGUCGUACCUCUCGUCAGCGUAGUGAUUACAUGAUGUGUAUAUGGAGGGCAGUUGAGGACUGUCAUUCAAAUGGUCCAGAAGAUCCUGACCAUUAGAAAAAAAAAACAGUAAAAAUAUAUAUAUAUAUAUAUAUAUAUAUCACCAUUUUUUAUUACAAUUUGUAAACAAAGAUUCAAAAAACUAUGGAUGGUUUCGUGUGACUGAAAAUUUAUUUCUCAAAAUUUUUAAGUGUUUUAUUAUUUUUAUUUUUUAAAGAAAAAAGCAUUUCUAAAAUGCACAACGAGCAUCAAGAUGAACAAAUUUCAAGUGAAAAUUAUCACGGCAACGAAACGACAAAGAUUAAUUUAUUAAUCGACAAGACAACGGUGGAUACAAAUUCCGAGCCUGAGAGAGGAAAUUGGGCGAGUAAAACGGAAUUUUUAUUGUCAUGCGCCGGAUAUGCAAUUGGAAUAGGAAAUGUUUGGAGAUUUCCUUAUUUAUGUUAUAGAAAUGGAGGAGGAGCUUUUCUAGUACCAUAUUUAAUAAUGCUUUUCUUUUGCGGCAUUCCACUAUUUUUUAUGGAAUCAUCUAUGGGACAAUUUGGUAGUACCGGUUGCAUAACACUUUUUCGAAUGAGUCCCAUUUUUAAAGGGGCAGGUUUUGCAAUCGUCAUAGUAAAUCUAAUUUGCACAAUGUACUAUAAUGUGAUAAUUGCCUACCCACUAUUAUUUAUGGCAAUGUCAAUUAAAAAUAAAUUACCUUGGAGCGAUUGUGACCAUUCGUGGAAUACUGAAAACUGCCUAAAAUUAGGUGGUGAUAUUCAAGUUCACAGGAACGCAACUAGUCAACUAGGAAAUUUAAAAGCAACAACACCUGCAGAUGAAUUUUUUCAUAACGAAAUUCUGCAGAUAUCAAGUGGAAUUAAUGAAAUUGGAGGAAUUGUGUGGCCAGUUUUUAUUUGCAAUCUAAUAUCGUGGAUUAUUGUUUAUCUUUGCAUUUGUAAUGGUGUAAAAACCGUCGGCAAGGUGGUUUAUUUCACUGCAACUUUUCCCUUUGUAAUUCUUUUCGUUCUCCUCAUAAGAGGAAUCACACUUCCGGGUGCAAUGGACGGAAUUUUAUUCUACAUUUCUCCCGAAUGGUCACAAUUAACAAAUCUUAAGGUUUGGGCGGACGCAGCGAUUCAAAUAUUUUUCUCACUUGGUCCAGGAUGGGGUGGAAUUGUCAAUAUGGCAAGUUACAAUCCUUUCAAGAACAACAAUCGAAUGGACUCCAUCUUUGUACCAAUUCUGAAUUGUGGGACAAGCAUUUUUGCUGGUUUUGUUGUUUUUUCAAUUCUUGGAUUUAUGUCCUACAAAACAGGACUUCCGGUUUCAAGUGUUGCAACCGGCGGUCCUGGACUGGCAUUUGUCACAUAUCCGGAGGCAAUUACAAUGCUUCCAUUUCCUCAACUAUGGGCAAUUUUAUUCUUCUUGAUGCUUUAUUUACUUGGAAUGGAUAGUUGCUUUGUACAAAUAGAGGCCAUUAUUUCUAGUGUAACUGAUGCCUAUCCAAAAUUGAGGAAUCAUAAACAUCGAGUGACGGCAGUUUCAAUAUUCAUAAUGUUUUUGGGAUCAAUUAUUUUUGUUACCAAUGGUGGAAUGUACAUUCUACAAUUGUUCGAUUGGUAUGCAGCCUCUAUUUCUGUUAUGUUAAUUUGCUUCGUCGAAGUGUUAAUCGUCGGAUGGACUUAUGGUUGUGAAAAUUUCGUGAGAGAUGUGGAAUUUAUGAUUGGAGAAAAACUUCACUUUUGGUGGCCCCUCUGUUGGAAAUAUAUUACACCUUCAAUAUUAUCAUUUAUUUUCAUUACGACAAUUAUUUUUAAUACAAGAGUAAGUUACAAUGGAAUUGAAUAUCCCGAAUGGGCUAUUGGACUUGGAUGGGGAUCCUGUUUAAUUAGUAUGAUCUGCAUUCCUGGAUAUAUGAUUUACUAUCUUUUUUGCAAAAAGGGUUCUUUUAAGGAGAAUUUAAUCCUUGGGACAAAUCCAUCGGAAUCAUGGGGACCAGGUGAUAUGGAAAAUCGAACAGAAUGGAAAAAAUUCGUUCUCAAAGCUAGAAAAUUUUCCGUUAAUUCAAUAAUUAAUGGAGUUCAUGUUACAAAAUUCUAAUGCAAUUGAAAUUUUAGAAACAAUUUUUUUUUUUGACAAUAAUUUUUAUAGAGUUUUGAUUUUUUUAUUAAAAUAAAUUUUAUAAAAUUGUAUAAUUUACAUAUUAAUUUAUUAGUUAUAAGUAUAGUUAAUAAGUUAAUAGUUUAAGAGAAUGUAACUUUAAGAAUGUUAAAAAUUGCAAUUGAAAAUUUUUAAUUCGUAAUAAAGAAAAAUUAAAAACAUA